AGCAGCCUAGUGCCGAGCGGCGCCCCCGCGGGCCCGCCCGUGCCUGCGACCGCCCGGGACCUCGCAGCCCCCGCGCCCGAAGUUCGCAGCGCGCUCCAGACAAGAUGGCGCGGCCGGCCCGGGGAGCGCUCGGGGCCCCGCGCCGCUCGCCUCACCUUCUCCUCCUGUCGCUGCUGCUGCUGCUGCUGCUUCGGCCGGAGCCGGCGACGGGUACGGCCGUCCCACGGGCGUCCUGUGCCGCCGCCUGCACUUGCGCUGGGGACUCGCUGGACUGCGGCGGGCGCGGGCUGACGACGCUGCCCGGAGACCUGCCCGCCUGGACGCGGAGCCUAAACCUGAGUUACAACAAACUUUCUGAGGUUGACCCUGCUGAUUUUGAGGACUUGCCGAAUCUACAGGAAGUGUACCUCAAUAAUAAUGAGCUGACGGCCAUACCAUCCUUGGGUGCUGCUGCUUCUCACAUCGUCUCUCUCUUUCUGCAACACAAUAAGAUUCGCAGCGUGGAGGGGAGUCAGCUGAAGGCUUACCUUUCCUUAGAAGUGUUGGAUCUGAGUUCGAACAACAUCACAGAAAUCCGGAGCUCCUGCUUUCCCCAUGGACUGCACAUAAAGGAGCUCAACCUGGCAAGCAACCGGAUCGGCACCCUGGAGUCGGGAGCAUUUGAUGGUCUGUCACGGUCGCUGCUGACACUCCGCCUGAGCAAAAACAGGAUCACGCAGCUUCCUGUGAAAGCGUUCAAGUUACCCAGGUUGACUCAGCUGGACCUCAAUCGGAAUCGAAUUCGGCUAAUCGAGGGCCUGACAUUCCAGGGACUCGACAGUCUGGAGGUGCUGAAACUUCAGCGAAACAACAUCAGCAAGUUGACAGACGGGGCCUUCUGGGGGCUGUCUAGGAUGCACGUGCUGCACCUGGAGUCCAACAGCCUGAUGGAAGUGAACAGCGGCUCUCUCUACGGCCUCACGGCCCUGCACCAGCUUCACCUCAGCAACAAUUCUAUCUCUCGCAUUCACCGCGAUGGCUGGAGCUUCUGCCAGAAGUUGCACGAGCUGGUUCUGUCCUUCAACAACCUCACCCGGCUGGACGAGGAGAGCCUGGCCGACUUGAGUAGUCUCAACACCCUGCGGCUCAGCCACAACUCCAUCAGCCACAUCGCAGAAGGCGCUUUCAGGGGACUCAAAAACCUGCGAGUCUUGGACCUGGACCAUAACGAGAUCUCAGGCACAAUAGAGGACACCAGCGGCGCUUUUACAGGGCUCGACAGCCUGAGCAAGCUGACUCUGUUUGGAAACAAGAUCAAGUCCGUGGCUAAGAGAGCGUUCUCAGGGCUGGAAGGCCUGGAGCACCUGAACAUUGGCGAGAAUGCAAUCCGAUCUGUCCAGUUUGAUGCCUUUGUGAAGAUGAAGAAUCUUAAAGAGCUCCAUAUCAGCAGUGACAGCUUCCUGUGCGACUGCCAGCUGAAAUGGCUGCCCCCGUGGUUGACCGGGAGGAUGCUGCAAGCCUUCGUGACGGCCACCUGUGCCCACCCACAGUCACUGAAGGGCCAGAGCAUUUUCUCUGUACCGCCAGAGAGUUUUGUGUGUGAUGACUUUCCAAAACCCCAGAUUAUCACCCAGCCAGAGACGACCAUGGCUGUGCUGGGCAAGGAUAUCCAGUUCACGUGCUCGGCAGCCAGCAGCAGCAGCUCCCCUAUGACCUUUGCCUGGAAGAAGGACAAUGAGGUCCUGGCCAACGCUGACAUGGAGAACUUCGCCCAUGUCCGCGCGCAGGAUGGAGAGGUGAUGGAGUACACCACCAUACUGCACCUCCGUCACGUCACUUUUGGGCACGAGGGCCGCUACCAGUGCAUCAUCACCAACCACUUUGGCUCCACCUACUCACACAAGGCCAGGCUCACCGUGAAUGUGUUACCAUCAUUCACCAAAAUGCCCCACGACAUUGCCAUCCGGACUGGCACCAUGGCCCGCCUCGAAUGUGCUGCCCGGGGCCACCCCAACCCCCAGAUUGCCUGGCAGAAGGACGGAGGCACAGAUUUCCCCGCUGCUCGGGAGCGACGCAUGCACGUCAUGCCAGAUGAUGACGUGUUUUUCAUCACCGAUGUGAAAGUAGAUGACAUGGGGGUUUACAGCUGUACCGCCCAGAACACUGCCGGCUCAGUUUCAGCUAACGCCACUCUGACUGUCCUAGAAACUCCGUCCCUGGUGGUGCCUUUGGAAGACUGUGUGGUGUCUGUAGGAGAAACAGUGGCACUCCAGUGCAAAGCCACCGGGAGCCCGCCACCCCGCAUCACCUGGCUCAAGGGGGACCGGCCUCUGGGCCUCACUGAGCGGCACCACUUCACCCCAGGCAACCAGCUGCUUGUUGUUCAGAACGUGGUGGCAGAGGACGCAGGCAGAUAUACCUGCGAGAUGUCCAACGCCCUGGGCACUGAGCGAGCUCACAGCCAGCUGAGUGUCCUGCCCACGCCUGGCUGCAGGAAGGACGGGACCAGCGUGGGCAUCUUCACCAUUGCUGUGGUGUGCAGCAUCGUCCUGACCUCUCUGGUCUGGGUGUGCAUCAUCUAUCAAACCAGGAAGAAGAGUGAGGAGUACAGUGUCACCAACACAGAUGAAACCAUUGUGCCGCCUGAUGUCCCAAGCUACCUCUCUUCUCAGGGGACCCUUUCUGACCGACAAGAAACCGUGCUCAGGACCGAGGGUGGCCAUCAGGCCAGUGGGCACAUUGAGAGCAAUGGUGUUUGUCCAAGAGAUACAGGCCUCUUUCCAGAGGUCGACGCUCAUGGCGUUGCACGCAUACAGCCAAAGCUCUGUGUGGGGUAUAAUAAAGAGCCCUGGAAAAUGACAGAGAAAGCCGAGAGAACCCUUGGACCACAUAAAACAGAGCCCAGUGGCCCGGUUGUAUGCAGUGACUGCAGCCCUGAUGUGGCCAGCUACUCCAAGGAGCAAGCCUUCCACCCUCAGCCUGCAUCCAGGGACGGUGUACAGCCAAGUACAACAAGCAGCCAGGAGUCCAGUCGGAGUGACCGAGAACAUUCUCCGCAUCCCCCAAGCAGUGGGACUGUUGAUGGGUCCCGUGCCAGUUGCAGGGGUUCCCUCUACCCCAGUAACCAUGAUAGAAUGCUGACAUCCUUGAAGAAAAAGCCAGUGGCACCUCUAGAUGGAAAAGGAGGUUCUUCUCGGACUUUAGCAAGGCGGUGUGAGCCAGACUCCCUAGACCUACAGCCUACAUCCGCACUAACUUCAGCCAAUCCUGAGCUUAUGGAAGCUGCCUCAGACUUUCCCGCUGUCCCCAGUGAAGCUGAGCACUUGCUUCUUUCCAACGGGCACCUCCCCAAGGCAUGCGACUCCAGUCCUGAGUCCACACCACUGACAGGCCAGCUCCCCAGGAAACGGAGUGUGCCGCUGUUGUUUGCACCAAAAGUCUAG